GGAUGUAGUUCAUUCUGUUUCCGGUAUGGCGCUGUUUUCUAAAACUAUUUGGCGGUUAGUGGGGAAUGGUGGAUUAGUCAAAGUCCGGCGCUGAUCGAGUGGAGAGGAUUCAUACCGCGCUCCUAUAAGUUAUUAUUGUGGGGCUCUGGGUGUGAGACAGGGCGCUGCCUGGCUGUGAGCGGGGUAUUUACCGGGGCGUUUCCGCUCAGUAAUGCUCUCGGUAGAUCCGCCGCUGUAGAUCCGAACAGGCGGUGCCGUCCGGAGGGCGGUUAGUUUAUCUGAAGCGGCUCUGCUGCUGCUGCUGUUGUUCUGAGUUUGGUUUCUGAUUUCUCUGUUAAACGGGUCAGUGUUACCCGUUUACCCGCGGCCAGUAUGAUGUCUCAUCUCCAGGAGGCGAACGGUAAAUACCUGUGGUGGUUUCUGCAGAGUCUGGAGUUCCACCUCGACGGAUCUGCGGACAAAUCCAAACACCUCAAUCUGGGAAUGAACAUGUUUGAUAAGCCAAACAAAGAAGCCUUCUACAUCGUCACUCAUUUCUUGUUCAAGAAGUUGAAUCCUUCACGUACACUAGAUGUGUUUAGACAUUGCUGGCCAAUUUUGAAUCGCAAGCACGAUGCUGAAUUUCGUAAAGUGGCUUUUGGAUGGCUCCAGGAAAUAGCGAAUGAAGAAGGAAGCAGUUUUCCCAAGGUUGUUGCUUCACACUUGCUGUCUCCAUCUGGACCACGGUUCGUCAAUUUAAUGCUUCACUUGGCCAAACAUGUCAUGGUGAAAUUGAUGAAGACCUAUACCACAGAUGGCACAUGGGUUCCAGAGGCUGCAGCUGUUCCUGCAAGUAAUCCAGAUUUGCUUAUGAAGCGUUGUCAGAUGGUAAAGAGACAUUUUGAGAGAGCAUCUGUGGCACAGGAUAGUCUCAUUCAGGACUAUCAAAAGAGAGCCAGAUAUUUGGAGAAGUCUUUAAAGAGCCAUAAGGCAGAAGAAGUCAACUAUAUUGAUUUGCUCAAAAAAUACGAGAACACUGUGGAUCUGGAAGGUGAAAGUCUGUCAAAGACUCAUCACAAGGUUCAAAUUCUAUGGGCGGAGAUUGACAAGUCCUUGUCUGGCCUAGAAGGAGAGCACAGGAUUUUGGAUAGUGUGAUCCAGGGUAACGUUGACCAAUAUGUCCUGGAUGGGAAGGACAUUUGUGUGAAGAUACCUGCAAUAUUGCUAGAGAGAAUGGAGAGAUUAUCACACCAGACCAGUAUUGGGAGCUUGUAUGAGGGAGGACAGCCUGUCUUGUUGCGGUUGCUAGAGCUCCUGAACGUGGUUUUGAGUAUCCUGAGCGAGGAGCGUGCAAAAGUUUCAUGUCCCAGUUUGCAGCUCAACCAGCAGACUCUUCAGGAGCAAGCUUUGCUCAUGAGACGCUCAAAGGAGACAUUGAAAAACAUGAGGCGAAAUCUGGCCAAGGGGGAUAUACCACAGACUAAAAACACAAUUAAGAAGCUGGAGGUGGAUUGGGAAAAGAAGUGGGCUGAAUGUUUGAGGCAUACUCCUUUGAUUUCGUUCCUCAAUGAGGAUCCUGUUUUAGACUUCAUUUCCCCAAUGGCGCCUUUGUCAUUUGAACCAGCAACUGAAGCUAGCUUUAAGGCUAGUAUAUUUUCACAGUAUCCUGCUAAGCCUCCUGAAUCUGUAGACCAGACUCUGAAAGAAAAAACAUCUUCAAAGAAUGAGGAUGUCAACACUGAAGUUGAUUUUUCAAGAUCCAUUUCAGCCAUGGACAAAACAGAAGACUUGCUUUUUUCCAGCUGCUUUGCUUCACCAAGGUGUACAUCACCUUAUAUGGCACGUCCUGGAACACCUACUGGUUCUGCAAAAGCCCCAGCAUUCGCUCCUACUCCUAGCCCUUUUCAGACAAGCAAUGGUAGAAACUUUACGUCACAAACCAAGACAUCUGCUUUGAAGCCAAGGGCUCAGAUUAUGGAAUUGGAAUAUGAUAAUCUUGCAAGUCAGUUUGCUGAAGCUGUGGCAAUGAGUCCAUUGGAUGGUAGGAGAAGUGGUAUGGAGCUGGAGCAGUUGCUAAACACAUUAUCAGACCCCUUCACAACAAAGAAACAGCUGCCUCGCACACCAGAAAGCUUGCUUAUGGAUGUGAGAGCCUCGUGGAGAAAAGCUGUAGAAGAAGGAAAAACUGAGAAGAAGCAUGAGAAAAAGCACGAGAAUGACUCCGACUCUGUUCUCAGGACCCCCAGUACAGACCUACGGAACCCCAAACCAGUUUUCCCGAGUGCUUCUGAAAGUGUGGGCCCUCUUCCCUGUAGUUCCCCUCCAUUCCAGCAGGAGGCCUCAGCCCACUCCACAAUCACAUGGGACUCCACACAGCUGGAGGCUCUUGGCCAAAACUCCAGCAAUAUUAUUGAGCUUAGUAUUGCCCAAGAGACAUUUCCAGAAAUGGAGGAUGAUUUCUCUUUUAACUGUGGUGGUGAUGAACUGCAGGAGGUAGAGAGUGAGGGAGAGGACAUUGAACUUGUACUUCCUCCAGUCAUCUUGCAUUCACCUGAAGAAGCAGAGCCAGCCCUUCAAGUGGCUCGAAAACGCUUGGCAACCCUUGGAGAAUCCCCCUUUAUAGCAGCAUGCCGGGAAAUGGAGGCUGAAGUCCUGCCAUCAGCAGGAAGGAAAAGCUUUGGCUUGAGCAACUGUAGUGGUGAAAAGGUGUUUUCUCUGGACUUGGAGCAGUUGGAGGGGUUCUCAUCUCCUCUACGAGAGGAGCUCACUUUGCCUAAUCUUGUGACCUUCUCGCCUAUGGAUGAAUUUUGACUUGCGAACUGACUAAAAUAAUGGCACAGUAUCACUAUUUUUCCACAAACUCUACCAGUGUCUUUGAAGGCAAUUUGUAUAGAUGGCGAGACACUGCAUGUAGUGGAGAUUUUUAACUCUUCUGUAAGCCUUAAGCUGUUUCAGCCUUAACAAGGUCAUCAAACACACUGCCCUGUACUUUUGAGUUUUUCCCCCCUGCUCUUAACCCACCUGAUCAAAUUUAUCAGUUUACUAACAAACUUGUAAAAAAUUUGUGUACAAAUGGAAAAACAUUCAGGACGCUGCACUUCCAUUAUUAGGAGAAACAAAAGCUGUGUUCCAAAAUCUAGGUUGCAGUUGAGGAAGGCUUUGUCCUCGGUAGGAUUGUCUUAAGACUUCUUCAUAGUAGCUUAUUGAUUACACACAUGGAACGGUCUAACCAGGCUUUGUGGCGACAUGACCAUGCAAAUUGUGUGUACUUUUCCUUGUAUAAAUUCAAAUAAUUAAAAACAUUCAACAUAAUUUUUACAGUAAAUUUGUAUGCUCUGAUGGCAUGGAUUAUCCACAUCAGUUGUGUCCUACAAAUUGUCUGAAUGUGUACUGCUUUUCUGUGCUUUAUACUUUGGAACAGCCUUCUAUCGUGUAGUGGCUGAGAAAUGCAGCCUAGCAUUUGGAACGCAGAUACUGAUUUAAAACGUACCUUUCUUUGUCUUAAGACCAAUAAUAAUGUGUAUAUAUUUCUUUUGUACAUGUAUAUUGCUACACAUUUCAAUGACCAUGAUUAGAUUGUACAGCAAUAAGAUUUUUCAUAAAUAUGAAUUUGGCUAACCUGUAGCUAUCACACUUGAGGUUCACAUGUGAGUUUCUCUGUGUUGUAAUAAAGAAAAUAAUUUUU